AUGCUCAUACGAGCGCGACCCCGGGAAGCCCCCUGCCAACUCUCACGAUGAUGGCCUCACAUACCAAGACUUGAAGCACAUCGACGGAGGGAUAUCGACCUUAACAGCAUGCAUCGCGUAGCCCUGCCCUUCGACGAGAUAGGGGUGGUGGGGCGGAAGACGUGGUCGUCUAUUCUUGCUUCUCCAUCUAGCUUCUUUCGUUAAAAUUCUGUCGCAAGAUUCGACACUCACAUCUCAAGAUGAAAUACUUGAGCGUUACCUGGCUGGCAGCCGUCGCUGCCGCCUCUCCCCACAGCCUCCUGACUGCCCGCAACCUAGCCGCACGCGCACUCGCCGCCGAAGCGUGCUCCGUCGGCUACUGCACCCAGAACGGCGGAACGACGGGCGGCAGCGCCGGCCAGACCGUCACCGUUACCACCGUCGACGCGCUGACCCAGGCGGCCAAGCAGGACGGACCCCUCACCAUCAUCGUGUCAGGCGCCAUCUCGGGCUCCGCCAAGGUGCGCGUCUCGGCGGACAAGACCAUCAUCGGCGAGGCGGGAAGCUCGCUGACGGGCGUCGGCCUCUACAUCCGGCGGGUGAACAACGUGAUCGUGCGCAACUUGAAGAUCGCCAAGGUCCUUGCCGCGAACGGCGACGCGAUCGGCAUCGACGCGUCGACCAAUGUGUGGAUCGACCACUGCGACCUAUCGGGCGACCUGAGCAGCGACAAGGACGACCUCGAUGGUCUGCUCGACAUCUCGCACGGCGCCGACUGGAUCACCGUGUCGGACUCGUACCUGCACGACCAUUGGAAGGCGUCGCUGAUCGGGCACUCGGACAGCAACGCGAGCGAGGACAAGGGCAAGCUGCACGUCACGUACACUGGCAACUUUUUCCAGCGCACCUCCAGCCGCGCGCCGCUCGUCCGCUUCGGCACCGUCCACAUCGUCAACAACCUGUGGGACAGUCUCCUCCUGAACGGCGUCAACUGCCGCAUGGGCGCGCAGGUGCUCAUCCAGAGCUCCGCCUUCCGCAACUCGCCCGAGCGCGCCGUCUUCUUCGCCGACUCUCCCGAGACCGGCUACGCCGUCCUCGAAGACGUCGACCUCGGCGGCUCCAAGAACUCCGUCCCCACGGGCACCCUGACUUCCAGCUCGCUGCCCUACUCCGUCAAGACGCUCGGCUCUAGCGCCAUCGCCAACUCGAUCCCCAACACCGCCGGCCAGAAGCUGUAAGCGUAGCCAUGAGGGUGGGGCUACCGACGCAAGGGCGUUGACUCGUCGCGAUCUCGGUCCCGACACCUCAGGUUUCUCAACCUAUCGUCGGAGCCUCUAGGGGACAUACGAUGGGGUCUAUAGGAAACCAAGCCCCCUUAACCC